CACAGGCUAAUGCAUGCCAAUUCUUCAUCAUCUUCACCAGCUCAAAAACUGUGCCAAGCACCGUUCUAUCGUCUCCACCAAACAACUCCAUGGACACUUCAUCAAGCUCGGCUUGACUAAGUUUAUCCAUUUAACCAAUACUCUUUUAAACGUUUAUGCGAAAUGCAACCUCCUUGAAGUCGCUCUCCAACUGUUCGAUGAAAUGCCCCAAAGAGACCAUGUCUCAUGGGCUACCAUUCUUACUGCUCAAAAUCAAUCCAAUUUACCCAAGAAGACCCUAUCUAUGUUCCCUCCAAUGUUUUCAUUUGACAGGUUGUUGCCUGAUGAUUUUGUUUUCGCUAGCCUUGUUAAGGCUUGUGGUAGCUUGGGGGCUAUUAAACAUGGUAAGCAAGUUCACGGCAACUUUUUAGUAUCACCAUUUUUUGAUGAUGAUGUUGUUAAGUCAUCUUUGGUUGAUAUGUAUGCAAAAUGUGGAUUACCCGGAAAUGGUCGUUUAGUUUUCGAUUCUAUUAAGUCGAAAAAUAUGGCUUCUUGGACUGCUAUGAUACAUGGCUAUGCUAGAAAAGGGAGAAAAGAAGAGUCUUUGGAGUUGUUUUCGAGGGUUCCCGUGAAAGAUUUGUUUGCUUGGACUGCUUUGAUAUCCGGGUUAGUACAGAGUGGUGAUGCGGUUGAUGCAUUUGGUUUAAUUGUUGAGAUGAGAAGGAAACGGAUUAGUAUAAUCGACCCUCUUGUUCUUUCGAGCAUAGUUGGUGCUUCUGCUAAUUUAGCAAUGUUGGAACUGGGAAAACAGGUUCAUGGACUCGUUAUACGGCUUGGGUACGAAUCUUGCGUGUUUAUAAGCAAUGCUCUUGUGGACAUGUAUGCAAAAUGUAGUGAUAUAUUGGCAGCAAGAGAUGUUUUUAGUAGGAUGUCACGAAGAGAUGUUGUUUCCUGGACGUCGAUAAUAGUUGGGGCUGCUCAGCAUGGACAGGCUGAGGAAGCAUUCUAUCUGUACGAUAAGAUGGUUUUGAAUGGAAUAAAACCGAAUGAAGUGACCUUCGUUGGAUUGAUUUAUGCUUGUAGCCAUGUCGGUCUAGUAAAUAGAGGCCGUCAACUUUUUAAGUCAAUGGUUGAGGAUUACGGUAUUCAUCCUUCCUUGCAGCAUUACACAUGUUUGCUGGAUCUUCUUGGUCGAUCCGGAUACCUUGAGGAGGCCGAAGCUAUCAUUAACUCAAUGCCAUUUAAGCCAGAUGAACCUACAUGGGCAGCAUUGUUAAGUGCAUGUAAACAAUACGGAAAUGCCAAAAUGGCCAUUAGGUUUGCUGACCAUCUACUUAGCUUGAAACCCGAAGAACCUUCGACGUAUAUUCUGUUAUCUAACAUCUAUGCUAGUUCCGGUUUAUGGGAACAUGCUUCGAAAUCAAGGCACAUGCUGGAAACCCUGGAAGUUAGAAAAGAACCCGGUUAUAGCUACGUCUAUUUCGGCAAAGAAAGCCAAAUGUUUUACGCCGGCGAAUCAUCUCAUCCGAUGAAGGAAGAGAUUUUCGGUUUGUUGAACGAGUUGGACGUCGAGAUGAGAAGAAGAGGUUAUGUUCCUGAUACCAGCGGGAUUCUGCAUAACACGGAACACCAAGAGAAGGAGAGGCAACUGUUUUGGCACAGUGAGAGGUUGGCUGUUGCUUAUGGGCUUCUUAACUCCGUUCCGGGGACCGUCAUACGGAUCGUGAAGAAUCUCCGCGUAUGCGGAGAUUGUCACGCCGUCUUAAAACUCAUUAGUGAUAUAGUGAGAAGAGAAAUCAUUGUCCGGGAUGCCAAAAGAUAUCACCAUUUUAAGGAUGGGAAAUGUUCAUGCAAUGACUUUUGGUGAGUUCCUCAUCAGUAUUCAUUUCCAUUGUUGCCUGUUUAGUUUUACAUCCUUUUUUUCAU